CGAGUUCUGCCCUCUUCCUCCCAUCCUCGAUCUCUCCUCUACAUACCUACCUACCUAUACCAAGUGCCUCUUCUCAAAGCAUCUGUCCCGCCUUGUUCACGGCCUCUCACCCUCGUCAGUUAUACCCGGACGUCCAUCACCUCGACCACCGCCCUCUUGUCUCUGGCUCCAACUUGCGCCCCGCUUCUUCUGGCGCGCUACCAAGCACAGUCUCACUUUUCGGCUCCCUCUCCUUCUCUCGCUUCUCUCUGGCUUCGGCUUCGGACCCUCGACACUACUGCCGCUCCGCGCCGCGCCCGACGGGGCCAACCCUCCCUACUGUCGAGCAACACGCCACGACCCGCGACCCGCGAGCAGCUUAAAACUCGACGUCCCCCUCGACGUCGCCGCGAGGCCAUGUUGGAACCCCAGGCCAUGCGAGGCCCAAUGGACCAGACCGUCGCCUAUGGACACUCACGAUCACGAACCACCUCGUCAAACACCUUCCCCAUGCAGUUCCAGACACAACACCUCGCCCACCCGGGCCCCAAUCCCAUGCAGAACCGCCGCUCGCCUUCGGUGAAUACGUUUAGCAGCGUCGGCAGCAUCCCACCUCCUGCCGCUUACCGCACCUCGUCACAGAGCGAGCUCCGUCGCUCGACCUCGAGCCGCUCCGGUGGAGCCAGCCCCCAGCCCUCCAGCUAUGUCGCGCUUCUGCGGAAACAAAAGGGAACCGUCUGGUGCGAUCGCGCCCAGUACGAGGACCCCAGAAUGCUCGCCCAGCAGCGUGCGGCAAAGAUGCGUGCCGCCCUCGAGGUCGUCGGUGGAGCCCGCGGCAGCAGCUCCUAUGGCCCCGGCGGUGCCGGCGGACGAACCAGCACAGGCCUUAGCACUACCAACAAGGUCGCGGCAAAGAUCCCCAAGAUUCGACACCACGGAAAGACACCUGUGGUUGGCUACGCGCCCGGCGAGAACCACGUCGGCGUCGGAGGAGUUCCCAUGCGGCUGAGCGCCACCGAGGUGGAGGCUGAGAGUAGUGACGACGAGAACACACCCAGCACGACCCGCCCGCACCACCGUAGGACGGGCAGCAGCGGACGGAGCAGCACAGCGAGCAGUCGCAGAAACCUCGCAUAUCGAUCAUCUGGAGGAAUGGGCAGCCAGCACGGCCGGCGAUGGAGUCCCGGUGAUACCCCCGAGCGUACUGGCAGCCUGGUCGAGACUAUGCCCGAAGAUAUCGUCGACGACGCUGCCAGCGGCAAGGCUCGCAGCACGAGGAGUGGCAGCAGCGCUGAGCGCGCCGACAACGUGGGCGAGCUGGGCAACGCCCCGAGACUGGCUGCCAAUUCGCUGAUGCACUCAGCUCUUACUAGAGAAAAGAGCGUGAAAUCGGCGGAUGAGCUCAGGAGACGUGGAAGUGUCGACGAGCGAACAUCAACACUUACAUCUGGACGCCUCUUCAUCGCCAACCCCGAUUAA